AUGUCUUUUCACAAAGAUGCCCUGAGAACCAUGAGCCAGGCAGCCCUGAAAACCACGUAUCUGACACAGAUAGGAGUUGGGGCUCUGGCCCAUGCCAUCCUUUUCUCCCGCAGCGUCUCUCCAGUCUUGCUUGGCCACAAGCAGAGACCAGCAUACACGAUUCUCACCCACAUGGCCCUGUCCAAUCUUUUGUUUCUUCUGUCCUCUGGAAUUCCCCAUAUAAUGACAGGUUUUGUUUUGAGAAACCCCCUGUCCAGUCUUGGGUGUAAAUUUCUGUAUUAUAUACAGAGGAGGGUGGCUUGCGGCACCAACCUGUGCUCCACCUGCGUCCUGAGCACCUAUCAGUCCUUCACUCUCACCCCCAGCAGAGCGGAGUGGGUGAUGCUUAGAGGAAGGGCCCCCAGGGUCACUGGUCCUUCCUGUUGGGUCUGCUGGGUGCUCAGUCUCUUAAUGAAUUUCUGGAUUCCUGUGAGCAUCUCUGGUCCACAGGAUGAGCACAACUAUACUGAUGCCCAAGGCAAGUGGUUCUGCUCAUCCCCAGCUUCUAAAGCAGGCUUGGUCUACUUGUGGUCCACCUCUGAUGCUGUGUUUAUUACCCUCAUGGUCUGGUCCAGUGGCUCCAUGGUGCUUCUCCUGCUCAGACACCACCAGAGGGUUCAGUAUAUCCACACCCCCACUGGGCACCGCAGAUGCCCCCCAGAGACCAGAGCCACCUGCACCGUCCUGAUGCUGGUGGUCACCUUCGUCAUCUUAUACCUGCUGAAUUCUGUUUUCACUUUGUAUACCAGGGCCCAUGAUGAUUUUCACCUGUGGUUGAUGCAGGUCUCAGAUGUCUUGGUCUCAUGUUUUCCCACGGUUUCCCCCUUCCUGCUGCUCCUGAGGGGCCCUAGAACCCCCAGGUUCUGCUCCUGA